ACUCGGGCAGACAUGAUCUGUGUGAAGUCGCUACAACUCGAACUCAAUCGAGUUCUCUUGCUCUCAGUUGGCUUAUGGCCUUUCGAGCAAUCUAUAUUUGUUCGUCUCCAAUUCAUUUUUUUCUACAGUAUCUUGCUAACUUCUAUUGCAUGUCAGCUCGCAACACUUGUGACAUCGCAAUACACGCCACAGCUCAUCAUCGAAGUCUUUUCCGUAGUAUUUUUCUUCGUUAUAUUCACGAUAAAAUAUAGCGCGUUCAGUUUUCUAACAGAUACUGUUAGGAAUUUAUUGGAAAUAAUUCAGCAUACUUACAACGAACUGAAAGACGAGAGCGAAGUCGCUAUUAUAGAAAAGUAUGGAACCAUCGCGAAACGUUAUACCUACGUACUCACGUUGGUCAGCAUGUUCGGGAUAUUUCUUUUCAUGUUUCUUCCAUUUUGGCCGCGAAUUUUCAACGUCGUAUGGUCUGCAAACGAAUCUCAUUCAUAUUCCCUAUUGCAAAUAAGGGCAGAGUACUUUUGUAAUCAAGAAAAAUAUUUCUAUUUGAUUUUGCUGCAUACAAACGCAGUCUUUUGUAUUGGAGGGACUGCAAUAGUAGCGACAGGAACUAUUAUCAUAGUGUACUUGCAAUAUGUAUGUGGAAUGCUUAAAAUUGCCAGUUAUCGUAUGAAUCAGGCACUGAAGAUCAACACAAUAAAAAUAAAUAACAUGCAAAAUGAAUAUUCAGCUUACAAGAUGAUAAUUUAUGCCAUAGAUAUGCAUCGAAAGGCUAUGAAAUUUCUAAGGAUUUUUAUGUUCAAACAUGAGUUAACAUUCUUCUUUUUAAUACUGUUCGGAACAGUUGCCACAAGUCUUAAUCUUUAUCGAAUUUUUCGUGAAUUGACAACUGAAUGCGAUUAUAUGAAGCUAAUGACGCCCUUUAUAUUUUUAAAUACUUUAUACAUAUAUAUGUUCAUCUCCAACAAUAUGGGGCAAGAUGUUAUAAAUCACAAUGAACACUUGUUCGCUACUGUGUAUAACACUCAGUGGUACGCUGCACCAUUACGUAUCCAGAAAAUAAUAUUAUUUCUCUUGCAAAGAGGCACAAAGUCCUUUUACGUGACUAUCGGUGGAGUGUUUGUGGCAUCUCUGGAAGGUUUUAGCACGCUGAUGAGCACAUCAAUAUCUUACUUCACAGUUAUAUAUUCUACAGGAUAAUGAUAUAAAAAUUUAUGAAAGCGAGGCCACAUAAAUUUGGAGGAGAACAAAGUUAGUGGAAAGUUUUCUGUUUGUAUGUAGUUGUUGCAUAAUUAAAUGAUAAGCAAACUCAACAAUAAAAAUUCAUUAUG